AAUGUAGCCAGCUAAUCUCCGCUAAGCUACCUAGGACGUUUCUUUUCCAUAGAAGCACAAGUUCAUGUGGUUUCAUAUAACUACAGUCAUAGCAAUGAAAUACACUAGUAUUAAUGAAGAAUGGACAUGUGAACAGUAGUUUUAUCUGGUGAAUUUGUUAUUUAAAGGCAUCUGAAUUAUGCUGGUAUGCCACUGGAACCUGGUGUCCGAGGACACAUUUCUUUAGGUCAGUGACGUAAGACUUUCACUGUGUAGAAUGUUUUUUGAUGUCUGUUCACUGCACACUUUCAGACUGUAUCAAGGGAAAUCUUGAUGCAGUUCCGUUUGUGUUUCCUAAGGACCUAUCAGCUUGAGGCAAGCACUCAUUGUGUGAGAGAACUGUGUGUUUUACUGUAGACGUCCCUGAGCAGAAAUCGUCAAUACACCGUUUUUUUGGGUCUCUCAUUCAUCUUUAAAUUAUUUUUCAUUUUUCUUUUGAUCUUGCUGUUCAUUUGAAGAUAUUUUCAUAUCCUCUGCAACGUGAAGGUAUCUGCAUAGCUGCAGUGGAAAAGUAACUGUGAGGAUUCACGUGCAGAUGGAUUUAUUUAAUAACAGCUCUUCUGACAGCCCAGUUCAGAAUAUUAGCACCAGCAUUUUAGAGAUGGUGACCAGUACCAUGCUAACGCGGUGGGUGCCGGUUGUCUACCUGUUGGUCUUCAUCGUUAGCACACCUUGCAACAUUGUCUCGCUGUGGUUACUCUAUCUCCAAACCAAAAGCAGGAACCCAACCAUCAUUUUUGCAAUCAAUCUAUCUUUAACCGACCUCAUCUACAGUGCCUUCCUGCCCUUUCAGAUGGUUUACCACUUCCAGGGCAAUGACUGGCCAUUUGGAAGGAUUAUGUGUAGCAUCUCCACCAUUGUCUUCUACUGCAACAUGAAUGGCUCCAUCCUGACCACCUGUGCCAUUAGCCUGGAGCGCUACUUCGCCAUUGUGCACCCGCUGCGCUCCAGGCACUACAGGACAACCAGGAACGCCCUUCUGGUUUGUCUGCUCAUCUGGACCUUAGUGCUAUCAGUCCAGGUGCCUGUGCUUCACAAUGACAUCACCUUCCGAGUCCACCAGCUCAAUAUCACCACGUGCUUUGACAUUCUGCCAAAAGACCUGUUCAGUCACAUGACUCUGGCAAUCCUCUACUUUGGAGCCUUGCUUUUUUUCUUCUUCAUGGUCCCUCUCCUGGUAUUGGUCGGCUCCUAUGCCUCCAUCCUGAAGACGCUUUGCAGCUCACGGCACAGAGACAUGUGGCAGUCACUGAACCAAACCAUUGGUCUCAUUGUGGUUGUGAUGCUCUGCUUUGUUUUCUGUUACCUGCCAAACAUCCUGCUUCAGACUUUACACCUAAUCUACAUUGCUUAUGGGAGGAGUUUGUAUGUUUAUUACAAACUUUCCCUGGGCCUCAAUAGUUUAAGUUGCUGCAUUGACCCAUUUAUCUAUUACUUUGCUUCAAGGGAGUUUCGGCAGAAACUUCAUCGGAAACUCCUCUGUUGGUCACACGAUGAAGCAACAACUGAAGCAAGAAUCGAUUUGACAGAGCUGAGGAAUACAACUGGGGAAACAUCAGAUAGACACAGGAUGCUGUAAA